AAAAUAAAAAAAAAAAUGAAAAAAAAAUUUAAAAAAAUAUAUUAAAAUUAAAAAAAUAAGCCAAAGUUUUGCAGAAAGAUUCGUAAAACAUUCCCGCAUACGAGAUUUUAUAGAAAAAAUCGACCCGCUCUAAUAUAGACUCAACCAUGCACUUACAUGCUUACACAUCUCUACAAGUACAGUAAUAAGUGCUUGAUAUCGCGUUUGCCCCACGAGGUUUUCGCAUAAUUUAGGCAUAAAUCUGCUGAAAGCAUAGAAAUUCGCAGCGAUUUUCAAAAGCACACGUACAAACACACACCCAUAUAUACACAUAUACAUACAAACAAUUCUAGUAUUAACCACACUCACGCCCACGCUUUCUAUACACGCAAACCACCGCUCUUUCGCCGCUUGCGCUGCUGCAGUUGGAUUGUAAGUCGUUUUUUUUUUUACUCCCAAUCACUUUUGUUUUGCUACGCAGCUUCGUCCACUUGCUGCGACUCGUGCAUUUCGGGCAGCACGUGACUCGACGCCGCUCAUACGCUGGCCACUCAGCCAUCAUCUCGCUCACAUAACGCAUUGACUAAACGUGAAAUUGCGCAAAAGCUCCACAAGUAGCCGACACUCCCACGAAAGCUUGCGGCGAAUUCACGCACAGCUGUUCAACGACCUGCCGUAGCGCCGUGCGUUGCAAAGCAACACAGCACCGCGGCCGGAGAUUGCAUUUCGAGCAACUGGCAUGCUCUGCGUGAUUCAGUUCUUCGUGAGCUUUUGCUUUUCGCGCACGCAUAACGGCAGAACGGCGGUGGUACGCGCGUGCAGGACGCAAACGAAUUGUGGCAGUUUCAUUUGAAAAAGAAAAAAAAAUUAUAAAAUAAAAAUAUAAUUAUUAUUAAAAAAGUGAAAAAAUGCUGAACAAGUGGAACACCCAAAAAAUAACUGCUUUCGUAGUCUCGCUUUAAGAAAACGGUAAUUUGAAAUAAUCAUGCUGUUAAGUGGAAAAAUUAAAAAUUAAUCUCAUAAUUAAUGCGAAAAAAUUAUGCUUAGUGCCUGUUAGUGCGCAUAAAUUAUGCAAAUAAAAAUAAAUAAAUUAUUUUUUCCGCUUCAAAAUGCGAAUAAGUGCAUAAAAGGAAAGUGGUGAAUAUAAAAAUAAGUAAAGAAGUGCAAAAAGUGUGAAAAACAACAACAAAUACAAGAGAGCCAACGCGUAAUUAAUUCUAAAAGUGGAACGCUGCCGUCAACGCAGUAAAAAUUAAUAAUGAAAUAAAGUGGCCGAGCAGGCAAAUAGCAAGAAAAGUGCACAACAAAAGUGUAUUCUACACAAGCAACAACAAAAAAGCCAACGAGCGUACAACUAAAUAGCAAAUAGUGUGAUAUAUAUGAGCGCUUGUGUGUGUCUGUUGAGCAGGAGACCGAGCGUAAGCGCUCAGAAAAUAGCGUCUUUAUUUAUUAAAGCCAUUUAUCUGCAUAAAUAAAUGCAAGCUGGCAACACUAACACAAAUUAACGGCUGAAGAAAGUAUACAAGCAAACAACAACACAAACAAACACACUUUGCGCACACACACACAUAGUAGAGGGCAGCUCAAGAAAGUACAAGUUAAAUGAAAGAUGCAAAAAUAAAUACGCCUGAAGGUGUAACAACAACAAUAACAAGAACAGCAGCGGCGUCAGCAGUCAGUGUGCUUAAGCGGCGACAACAACACCAACAACUGGAGAGGACUCUGCGUUAAACCUUAAUUGCCUUGGCUCGCUUGUCGACGCAGCGCAUGUGUGCAGCACAUACACAUGCGCAAAAUACUAAUACAUAGCUACAAACACACACACAACCAUGCUUGACAUGCUGUGAGUUCGUUGCACAGCCCGGCUUGGCAGCUGUGUGGUGGCGCAAAGCAAGUUUCUUACAAGCAGCAAAGUUUAAAGACAUUCUGUUGAUUAAGCGGAAAGUUUAAAAAACAACAACAAAAACAAAAACACACAGCGAAAUAUUUACAAAGUAUGUGUGUAAUGUAGUCGGAGACAUGUGGCUCUCGCUGUGUCGUUGUUCGUGUGAGUUAGGUCGUCGUAAAACUGCUAUUUGUUUGGGUCACUGAGCGCCAACAACAACAAUAAUAGUAACAACGACAACACACGUAUAGGUGACAAAUUUAGCAACAACAUUUCAACUUUAACCUCGACAAAGUCAAAAGAGCGCCACAAAAAUGAACGCAGCACAGAGUGGCGGCCACACGAGCGGCUCGAUGGGCAAGAAGGGCUCGCAAAUGGAGGAGCUGGUUGCCAUCUCGCCGGAACGACGUAAUUGGCGUGGCAUAUUUAUAGCGUUGCUGGUAAUAGCAGCAGUCUUCAGUCUCAUAAUUUUCUCCAUUUUCCUGCUGUCGCCAGAGGAUGAAGGGUUGCGCAUACGCGGCCGUCACAUGGUGCUGCCAGACAUUUUAGGCAAAAGUUUGCAGUGGAAGCCCUUCAACGGCACUUGGAGUAGUGACAUUGAACUGAUUUACCGUGACCCCACGGGCGGCUUAUCGAUAUUAAAUCUAGACAAUUACACAACGCGGGUCCUAAUGACCAACUCAACAUUCCGCCAGCUGAAUGCUGAAUCGUUUCUCGUAUCGCCCGAUCAGAAGUAUGUGCUGCUGCAGUCCGACAGCAAUGCGGAAGGCUCCAGGCAUCACGUUUACGAGGUGCAGACAGCGAACACCUUUCCGCUGGGCCCCACAGAGAACAUAGCGGAGCCGCCGCGCCUGCAAUAUGUCACAUGGGCGCCCAACGUGCCGCCCGCGCCAGCCACAACCACAACAAGCACCACCACGACCACCACUACAACAACCAGCACAACCACAACAACGCGCGCACCAACCAACACAACAACAAAUGCGGCACGUACAGCGAACGGCGCUGCGGCAGCGGCAGCCGUGAAUGCUUCAAGUGGUGGCAGCAUCUUGCUGAGCAGCUUGGCGGGCGCAGCGACCGGUGGCGGUGUGGGCAAGCCGCCACCAAGUAAUUUUCAAUAUCCGAAUGGCGGCGCGGUGAAAGCGUUUCCACAGAAUCAAGCAAUCGCCUUUGUGUACGAGAACGACAUCUACUACAAGCCGAAGGUUCAAGGCGAGCUAGUGUGCCGCAUAACAACAACAGGUCGCGCUGGCGUCGUCUACAAUGGCAUACCGGAUUGGACGUAUGAGAACGUGCCGGAGCUGAAUGGGCGCAGCAGCGGUCUCGCCUUCUCACCGGAUGGUCUAUUUUUAGCCUUUCUCACGUUCAACGACAGCGAUGUGAAUGAAUACAAAUACACCUGGAUGGGGGACGACAUCAAGUACCCUGCUGUGCUAACACAACGCUAUCCCAAAGCAGGCGAAGCCAACCCGAAUGUCACCGUGAAUGUGGUGAAUCUCUCCGUCCUCAAAUACAUCUUCCCCACACAAAUCAAACUUCCAGCCGAUCUCUCGAAUGGCAGUUACAUUGGCGCACUCACCUGGGCCACACCCAUUGACCUCUCCGUGACGAUCACCAAUCGUGGUCAAACGAAAGCUACAACGGUUGUUUGUCGCGCACCAGACUUCCAUUGUCAUCCCGUACACACAGAAGUUACGGUUAAUGAUGGCUGGGUGCUCCCAGCUGAGCGGCCCAUAUUUUCCGCACGCAAUAGCGCAAAUCUCAAACGAAACCAACAACAAUUGCUCGCCAAUGGACUGAAUGGCAAUAAUAGCUACCACAAUGUGAGCAACGGUCAGACUACUUAUGAGAUCUCACAUGGCGGUUAUCUGCUCAAACGUCUUCCGGUACGCGAUGGCGAACACGGACACUUCCGACAUGUGGUCUUCAUCUCUUCGCUGGAUCGUCGACCAGUGCCGCUCACAAUGGGACGCUUUGAAGUCACCGAACUUUUGGGUUGGGAUGAGCCGCAUGAAAUUGUCUACUUUAUGGCGGCACCGGAAAAGCGUCCGGGUGAACGGCAUCUCUAUAAGAUCAGCCUAAAGCUGAAUGAGACGCAGAGCAAUCGCGCGUAUAUUACUUCAACACAACCGACAUGCUUGACCUGCGACAACACCAUAUCCACGUUCCGACUGACCGCGCAGGGUAUACGCGUAGAGGACGCUGAAAAUCGGAGCGACGAUGAGACCGAGUGUUACUAUGAUAUACCGAAGAACUGUCUUUACAAUAAAAUCUACUUCAGCAAAGAUUACUCGCACUAUGUGCAAGAGUGCCUGGGACCGGAGUCGCCCAGCGUCUAUAUGGUGGAGACACAGAGCAACAUGAAGACGUAUAUACUCAAUGCGGGUCACAGCUUACGACACCGUCUGCAACAGCUCGCUUUGCCACAAAUACGUACGUUCAGCGUAGAGAUACGGCACGGCUUCCACGCGCAAGUGCGUCUCUACCUGCCGCCAGGAAUGCGCGAGGACGAAGAGGUCGCUUUUCCGCUCAUACUGCACAUCAACGCGGCGCCCGGUUCACAGCUGGUCACCGAAAAGUAUCAAGUGGAUUGGAACUGGUAUUUGAGCAGUCAGCGCUCCAUGAUUGUGGCGCAAAUUGAUGGACGCGGCAGCGGCUUCCAGGGCGAACUGCUGCGCACACAAGUGCACGGCAAGCUCGGCACCGUCGAAGUAGAGGAUCAACUGGGCGUAUUAACCUACCUGCGCGAUAAUUUGAAAUUCAUUGAUCCGUCACGUAUUUGCGCCUACGGCUGGGGUUACGGCGGCUACGCGGCCACCAUGACGCUCAUCGAUGACUCGCACCAGGUGCUGCAGUGCGCUGUGGCCGUCAACCCGAUUGUCUCCUUUGGCUAUCACUACUCAUUUUUCACCGAACGUUACAUACCGCUGAAGGGCGACUACUUGCGCGCUCUGCAGGAGGCCGAUUUGACCAUGAAGGCUGGCAAUAUUAAGGGUCGCAAUUUGAUGUUGAUACACGGCACGGCGGACAGACUGGUGCAUCAGGAGCACACGUUGAUGUUAGUGCGUGCGCUGGUGGAUCAGCAAGUCAAGUUCAGACAUCAGGUCUACCCCGAUGAGGAUCAUGCGAUGACGAAAUCACUCAGUCACGUCUAUAAAACAAUGGAAUGGUACUUUGAUGAGUGCUUCGGCCCUAACGACGACACCGAAUGGGAUCCGACGGGACUGUUUGUGUUCAAACAAUAAUUAAUCAUUCACAGUGGUGGAGAGGUCUAUUUGUAGAAGCAAGUACUAAGUAGUUGCAUAAAUUAGUGUGAUUAGAGAUUCUAUAGGAAGCACGAAAAAAACAACAAUUUAGCGAUUAAAAAGAACAACGCGUUACAACAAUAAAGUUCAUAUGCAUGUAGUGAUGAGUGUUAAGGGAGUACGCUGGGUAUGCAAGAGCAUGUACUCAUAAGUAGGUGAGCAAAGCGGAGAGAGUUUGAGUAAUUAUACCCUGGUCUGUAGAUUUUGUGCGAAGCGACAAAGUUGGCGAGUUCUUAACUAGGAAAAUUCAAGUUUUUUGCAUUUUUGAAAGAAAAUAAUAUUAUAAAUUAGUUUUUAUAUUUGCAGGCUAAGCAAAAACAUUAAGCUAAAUAACAAAGCUGAUUAGAAACAAAGCUUAAGUUAUAUAACACUAAGUGUAAGUGGGUAUGUGCAACAGAAAA